GGGGGAAUCCAUUUCCGCUGCACAGCGAGGUAAAGACGGAAACGGAGUUAACGUCAGUUCUGAAGUCACCCCAAACAUGUUGCGAAAGUUCGGAGAACACGUUUUGGAAGAUUUUUUAAUAAUUUAUUUACUGGCUCAACAUGACAGUAAGUAGAUGGACAUGAAGGCAGCUUGAAAAAAAUCAACCGACAAAAAGAAAACAGCUAUGGAGGAAAGGGAUUUACCUGCGAGAAAACCGGACACUCAAAAGAAGCAGGAUUUACACUACGUGGAAAAAACAGGGGGUGCAUCAAAGUCUGUGGAGAAAAAAGGCCCCUAUAUCAUGUCAAAGUCAGCACUGCUUCAUCUCAAGCUUCAAAAGCACAGAGACACUGCAAGGAACGCUCUGAGGAAAAAGGGAAUAGGCGGUUCAGUUCAGCAUCCUAAGCCUAGUGUGAUAAGGAAUGUGAAGUUUAACAAGGGUUAUGCGGCUUUAAGCCAGAAUCCAGAGGAUACACUUGUAUCUAUAGAUUCCGAUAGUGAAGCAGAAUUGGAAUCUCAGUACUCUUCAGGAUAUUCCUCUGCAGAAGUAAAUCAAGAGCUUAACAGACAAUUAUUGCAAGAUGGAUAUAGACUGGAUGAGAUUCCUGAUGAUGAAGACCUUGACCUGAUUCCUCCAAAGCCUGUGUCUGCUUCAUGUGCUUGUUGCUGCAUUGAUGUUCCCUCCUGUACAAUUCAAUAAUUUUUUCCAGAGGUUGAGAAAUGCUCAUCUUCCUUUUGUAGUGAAGACUCCAACCUGACUAAAUGUUACAGAAAGCUGAAUGAACACUAAUGUUACAAAUUUCUCUAGUAUGAAGGAGUAUCAGCUUUAAAAUCUGCACAAGUUGUUUUUCUCAAUAAGAAACACGUAACUAUACUUACUUUCUUUCUUUUCAUUAAAUAUUCUGAAUUAUAUCAGAAAUUGCUCACUUAAAAAUAAACCCGUAACUUAACAGCAUAGUGACACUGUUUUGACUGUUUUAGUCUGAGUUGUGUAAUUACAGUAAGUAUUGUAACAGUUUUAUUGAAAAUAUAACACUUUGAUUCACUCAUUGCUUAUAAUAUAAUUAUAUAAUCACGACUGACUUAAAUGUAUUCUACAUAUUUUUUUUCCUGUACGUUUUAUUUCUUAGAUCAAGAGCCACUUUGGUCAAGUCUUCAACUUUAAAAUAGUGGUUCAUGUUACUGUAAUCACCAUCAUUUCCCACUUCUAUGUGGGGUUGAUGCUUUAUAUGUUUUGCCAUUUUACCCAGACUUGGGAGCAGAUCCAAAAUGGAGACUGGGUUACUGCAAUCACCGUUUAUUAACAGCAAACAAAUCUUUAUAGAAGAGCCCUGUAGUGCUGCCCUCUAGUGACUUCAGGUACAGUCACACCUUUGAGCUACAGUUGGUAAAUUGAGUGACACUUUCCUUGGUGAACCUGGGCUUUUCCAUUUUUUAUUUUAUUUUGUAAUACAUUUCUUUUAUUUGUUUGUUUUUGCUUGGUUCUUCUGUGAUGUGCUAAUUUUCUUUCCAACUCUUCACUCACUCAAAAAAAAAAAAAAAAACAGCCAGGACCAAAAUGAUUUUUGGGAUUGUGGUGGUCUUGAAACGUCAUGGAGCCACCAAGAUGCACUUCUGUUUUAUGUUCAUUACAAGGCAGUUCCCUGUUUAUCUCUUUUAAGUCAGUAAUAGUAUAAAAAUGAGCUGGUUGGUCACUUGUUUCAUUUUAAGUCAAUAAUUGUUUGAUCAACAUCUAUCAAGUUUUUUUUAACAUGUUAAUAAUUCUGAACUGGCACUUGUGUGAGUGUGUGUGUCUAUGUGUGUGUGUGUGUGUGUGUGUGUGUGUGUGUAUACAGUAUGUUUGUAUAUAAUAUAUAUAAUAUAUAUGAUAUAUUUUUUAACCAUAACCUUUUAAAUGGCAAUAAACAUUUAUUUAAUUUUGUCAUCUUCAUCUUUUAAAACCUAUAUGUUAAAAUAGUCAGAAAUAAGAAGGAAAAACACUGAAAUGUAACAUACAAAGCAUUUAGUUUUUAAAAAUAUUGUAGUCUGCUUAAACUUGCCAUUUUCAUCAUAUUUUCAUGUAAUUACUCAUUUUAAAGUUGAUGUUCAUUUUACCCAGUUUCUGUGUAAACAUUUUAAAGUCCUUUUAAACCUUUGUUUGUUCCACUGAAGAUGAAAGAAUGUAUAGUACUUUAAAUGAUCAAAAGUGGAAUUUCAACUGUUCUGCCUAGUAAGCCAUUUAUGAAUGUUCAUUGCACAUUUAUGAAUGCAGGACAGAAUUUCAGAGAUAAUUCAGUUUGUAUGAAGAAAAAAGAAGGUAUUUUUGUCAUGGACAUGGCACAUAGUUUUGAAUUUGCAUUUCUACACAGAAAUUAAGUUUAAAAGAUAAGAUUGUGGUAGCAGGCUGUUUUGUGCUUAGUGUGACCUAGCAAGCCUACAUCAAGGGAAACCGAAAAACAGCUUUGAAAAAGCAAAUAAAGGACUGCUGUAGCUGCUUGUGAUUUCUCCGAAGACAAUCAUUAAAUCAUACUCAAGGAAAUGCAUGUUUUUGAUUUUACUCUGCAUAUAUCCUUUGUGGUUUACUAAAAAACAAUAUAUUUUCUACUUUAUUACCCUCUUCUUUAGUAGAUUAUGUGUAGAUUAUGUCAGCUUUUCAAAUAAAAACAGAUGCCUUUGCAUUCCCAGGGCUCAUUAUAUUGGACCAGAAACACUACAAAUUGAGCCCCAGUGGAGUGGAAAAUGAAAAGCUAUUGUCACGUGCAUCAAGUCUCAACAUUCACAUUUAUACAUAUGCAUUUAGCUCUUUUGCAUCCAUGAAAAAUAACAGUUUAAUUAUUCAUUCACUUCGUACAUAACAAGUUUUAGAAUUUCUUGUUACAGUAAGGUGUGUAUAUAUAUAUAUAUAUAUAUAUAUAUAUAUAGUAAAGUACUUUCAGCCCAGAUUUUGCUAACAUGACCUUUUACUGGAGGACCGCAAUGUAUAAACAAAGAAAUGGCAGAUGGAACUGCUGUUUUAGUAUUCAUGCCUAACAAUUAUUCAGUCAUGGAUACUGUCAGUUUUUGCCAGCUAAUCAUUCAUUUAAAAUAGUUUAAUUUAUUCAUUAGGAUUUAAUUCAUUUGGACAUUCAUAAUGGUGUCUUCAUCUGCUAUUGCUUAUCUCAUGUGGGCUUUGGAGAUAAAUGUAAAUGAAAAGAAGCAAAGUAAGGAAGACGCUGUAAAAAUUUGGAUGUAACCCUUGUUAUUUAUCUUUAAGCUUCUCAGUGGCCUUAGAGAGCUGCACCCCGUCUUAAGACCUGUGUGUCACUGUUGCCAAGUCUGGUUGAAAAUGUGCUUUACUGUGGCAGAAAGACAACCAUGGCUGAAAUACAUUUACACAAUCCACUAUCAAAGCCUUACAUGAUAAAGUCAGCAAAUUUAGAAAUUAGCUGCACUGCUGAGUAUUUUUGAUUGUCUGCAAACGCAUGAGACCAGCACUGUGUGUAACUGACAGUAUGUAUAAGAUUUUUGUAUUUGGGUAUAUGUCUGUGCACUGUUUUGUACACGUUUUGGAUUUUGGCAUUAUGGAAGGCAGAAAGGUAAGAUAAGUACUUUGAGGGAAGAUGACAAGAUGAUGGAAUUGUUUUUAAAUCAUCAAAUGAAAAAGUCAUUGUGUUUGUAAUACACAUUUAUAAAAAAAAAAUAAUAAUAAUAAUACACAGAACAGUGACAUUACUAAUGGUAUCAUUAGUGACUUGUAUCUGUUGGCUAUCAAAUGAUUUGCUUGUGAAACAGGGUGUCUAUAGGCAUGUCAUAAUAAUCUUACAAGUCAUAGAAAACUCUAUUAUAUAUGCUGAACUGACCAUAAUAAUUUAAAAGCAGAACAGUUUAUUAAGAAUGUAAAUGUGAGAAAUACUUUAUUUUAAUAGGAAUAACCUCUUAACUUUAAAAGUUAAUUACGCCCAUACUAACGUGGUCAGCUGAAGAGCUGUUUUGAGGGACAUUCUAAAUUUGAAUCUUCUAUACAAAACCUACUGUUACUAAAGCAAUCAGUCCGAUUACCAAAAUGCGAUAGUAGAUCAGAAAUAAGAUAUUUGGAACCAAUUCAAAAACCAUAAACAUGAAAAUCCUGUAUCUUUAUUAAUCCUCACAGGUGGCGCAGUGGUAGUGAUGCUGCUUUGCUGUAAGGAGAUUGUGGGUUCGAUUCCCGGGUCCUUCCUGUGUGGAGAGCACUUUGAGUAGUGAGAAAAGCGCAAUAUACAGUGCGUCCAGAAAGUAUUCACAGCGCAUCAUUUUUUCCACAUUUUAUUAUGUUACAGCCUUAUUCCAAAAUGGAUUAAAUUCAGUUUUUUUCCUCAGAAUUCUACACACAACACCCCAUAAUGACAACGUGAAAAAAGUUUACUUGAGGUUUUUGCAAAUUUAUUAAAAAUAAAAAAACUGAGAAAUCCCAUGUACAUAAGUAUUCACAGCCUUUGCUCAAUACUUUGUCGAUGCACCUUUGGCAGCAAUUCCAGCCUCAAGUCUUGUUGAAUAUGAUGCCACAAGCUUGGCACACCUAUCCUUGGCCAGUUUGGCCCAUUCCUCUUUGCAGCACCUCUCAAGCUCCAUCAGGUUGGAUGGGAAGCGUCGGUGCACAGCCAUUUUAAGAUCUCUCCAGAGAUGUUCGAUCGGAUUCAAGUCUGGGCUCUGGCUGGGCCACUCAAGGACAUUCACAGAGUUGUCCUGAAGCCACUCCUUUGAUAUCUUGUGUGCUUAGGGUCGUUGUCCUGCUGAAAGAUGAACCGUCGCCCCAGUCUGAGGUCAAGAGCGCUCUGGAGCAGGUUUUCAUCCAGGAUGUCUCUGUACAUUGCUGCAGUCAUCUUUCCCUUUAUCCUGACUAGUCUCCCAUUCCCUGCCGCUGAAAAACAUCCCCACAGCAUGAUGCUGCCACCACCAUGCUUCACUGUAGGGAUGGUGCCAGGUUUCCUCCAAACGUGAUGCCUGGCAUUCACACCAAAGAGUUCAAUCUUUGUCUCAUCAGACCAGAGAAUUUUGGUUCUCAUGGUCUGAGAGUCCUUCAGGUGCCUUUUGACAAACUCCAGGUGGGCUGCCAUGUGCCUUUUACUAAGAAGUGGCUUCCGUCUGGCCACUCUACCAUACAGGCCUGAUUGGUGGAUUGCUGCAGACAUGGUUGUCCUACUGGAAGGUCCUCCUUUCUCCACAGAGGAGCUCUGGAGCUCUGACAGAGUGACCAUCGGGUUCUUGGUCACCUCCCUGACUAAGGCCCUUCUCCCCCGAUCGCUCAGUUUAGAUGGCCGGCCUGCUCUAGGAAGAGUCCUGGUGGUUUCGAACUUCUUCCACUUGCGGAUGAUGGAGGCCACUGUGCUCAUUGGGACCUUCAAAGAAGCAGAAAUUUUUCUGUAACCUUCCCCAGAUAUGUGCCUCGAGACAAUCCUGUCUCAGAGGUCUACAGACAAUUCCUUUGACUUCAUGUUUGGUUUGUGCUCUGACAUGAACUGUCAACUGUGGGACCUUAGAUAGACAGGUGUGUGCCUUUCCAAAUCAUGUCCAGUCAACUGAAUUUACCACAGGUGGACUCCAAAGAAGCUGCAGAAACAUCUCAAGGAUGAUCAGGGGAAACCGGAUGCACCUGAGCUCAAUUUCGAGCUUCACAGCAAAGGCUGUGAAUACUUAUGUACAUGUGCUUUCUCAAUUUUUUUAUUUUUAAUAAAUUUGCAAAAAUCUCAAGUAAACUUUUUUCAUGUUGUCAUUAUGGGGUGUUGUGUGUAGAAUUCUGAGGAAAAAAAUGAAUUUAAUCCAUUUUGGAAUAAGGCUGUAACAUAACAAAAUGUGGAAAAAGUGAUGCGCUGUGAAUACUUUCCGGAUGCACUGUAAAUGUAAAGAAUUAUUAUCUUUAUUUAAUGGAUGGGCUUUAUUGAUUCAUGCACACUUUGGUAUUAAAAACUGUUUUGGGUGUCUUUUUUAUAAGUUUUCUGAAUUGAUUCUAAAUCUUAUUUUUAAUCCAGUAUCACAUUUUGGUAAUUGAAUGGAUAUUUAUAUUUGUAUGUUAGUUUCCAUUUGAUUAUAUUAUUUAAUGUUUGUUUUUUUUCUAAUUAAAUCUGAACCUUUGCCUUUAAUUUUCAGCUUUAUUCUAGAUACUUUUUUUUAAACAUAGUUUUGGGGCAUCAGGAUGCAUUUGUUUUCAUUUGAUGCAUUUGUGAUUUAUGUACACUUGAAACAAAAGUAUUGCAGUUUAAUAUUGUGCUUUGGAUGCACAAGGUGCUGAAAAGUUUGUUUUGUAUUCUGAAUUCUUAACUGUAUACUAUGCAACAGUUUUCAAACAUUAUAAUGACAUAAUUGUGAGUAUGGAGCAUUUACUUUGUGUGUUUGUUACAAUGUUUUAGGUGGUCUUUUAAGUCCUAGUAAAAUUCCUUAUUUUUAUACUUGAAUUAAUUUACGUUUUUGUCAGCAUUCUUUCUUUCCACUGACAUAUUCAAAGAGCUGUACACAUUUACUGACAUAAACUGGAAAAUACCAUUCAGUAAAAAUGCAUUACAAUGCAGCAAAGCACAAGUUAGUUAUGCAAUAUGCAUUAAUGAAUGCUUAUACAUACUUAAUAUUUUUAUAAGCUCUUUCAACCACAGACAGGUGAGCAACACUAAUAAAACUCUGCUGCCCACCUUUGCCCUUUUAAUGUUCAGAGUCCAUUGUUCUUGGAUUGAUUAAUUUAUGAUGCUGAUGCUUCAGUGACUUCUUACAACACCAGCUCCUCGACUCUGGAGUGACUUUUUGCACUGCAUUUUUCAUUAAGCUGAUACCAAAUGGGAUGUAAAUCCAGUGUAUUUUUAAUAUAUUUUUUUAACUUUAUAUAUUUUCUCUAUGAUUAGUUUUAUUUCUUAUUUUGCUUUUACUCUUUGUGACUAAAUGUGUAUUAAAAAAAUAUCCGGUUUGUAAAUUGUUACAUUACUAAUAAAGUUGUUGAAAUUAAAA